CAGUUUUCCUUUGAACCCUAUCCAAAGGACAUCGAACGGGUCACUCAGGCCCGUAGAAAACUAUACAAUCAUGCCAGCAGCCAGCGCACACAACGCAAGCUGCCCAAGACAGACCGGCCACACCAUCUUCCGCCCAAGUAGAGACGGUAUCGCCUCUCGACCUCCACAGUAAUUCCUCUGGUUACACGCACCUGCAUUAUGAUUUUCCGUCUCUCGGAAAUAACCCUGCGAACUCCAAUUAUAACUUCAACGAUCCAAACUUUGAACUUGAUCUUUGGCCAGAAAACUGUUUCGAGCCAGAUCCAACACUUUUCAACGACUUCAACGACUUAGAUACGAACAUUCAAUUAAUGAACCCCGAAGCCUGGCCAGAGUUGUCUGACUGGGAACUCAACUCCUGGGCUCUAUUGACGGCACCUGAUCCUGGUACAUCAAUGGGACAUCAAAGUCUCUCCCAAUCUCACACUUUUCCUCAAACAAAUUUCUACGACACCUCGCUCGUUUCUUCCAAUCCCCAGUUUCAGCAAAGCGACCUCAACGCUCCCUCGACUUCAUUCAUAGCAACGAAUUCCAAUCCCAGACCAGCCCCAUCCCAACCUACCACCACCACGCUUCAACCUCAACCUCAGCCUCCACGGUCCAAAGCAUCUACCACUCAUACUAGUCCGAGUUCUUCGACAUCCCCGGCAUCUCCGAGUUCAAAGGUACAUAAGAGAACUCUUAACACCCUUGCCGCGCGCCGGUAUCGACAGAAGAGAGUCGAUCAGAUGGCGGAGCUAGAGCAGAAGCUCAGGGAAAGCGAGAAGGAGAAGGAGGAGCUGCAGAUGCGGGUUGCGAGGCUCGAGGGCGAGGUGGAGGUCUUGAGGGGGUUGUUGAGACCUGGUAAAUGAUGUUUUGGAGUGUUAGUGAGAGAGUGAAGGAGGGAGGGAGGGGAAGAGAGGAGAGGGAUGGAAGAAAGGGUCGGACGAUGUCGGUUGGUGAUCAUAAAAUGUAGGUAUCACAUCGGCAAAAGAGUUUCGUCAUAUUCCUCAUUUGAUACUCGGUGAAAAAGUGGAAGUUUCUUACCUGCUUCACAAGCCCGUCAUUCGUAAAAUUCAAAUCAUAAUAAUACACGCAAUCAGAAUUUAAUCUCUCCAUUAUUCUACCUCUUCGUACCUCCCACUAGUUUCCGCUAGUGGAAGCUGGUGGGAGGUACGAACGGGCACAGCGUGCUGCUACCCUUUAUACACCCAUUCUUUCGCUCUUCCCUUCUUACUCUUCCACCCUC